GCACAGCACGUCUCCGCUUCCGGCUUCCCUCAUUUCGGCGAGCCGCUCGCCAGCCUGGCACUCGCGCUCGAAAACUACGCAUUGAGACGGGCGCGUGCCAAAGGCGCACAGCUGCGCCUCGUGCCGGAUGUUGUGCCCAGCUCUCUCGUUGCUUUGAGCGGCUUCGCACCAAGGGAAGACGACGCGGCGCAAGUCUAUACGCUCUCUGCUGCUUUCAACGACCUUGGGCUCUCUCUCGCCGGCACCGCCGAAUUGCCGCUGCUGGCCAUGCACGCCAAUCGCACAUAUGCCAAAGAGGACCUGCCGAUCUUCGAAGUGGCGCUCAGUCAUUCCUUUCGAGCCGAGGCGGGAGCGAGAGGGCGAGAAAGUAGAGGGCUUUAUAGAGUGCAUCAGUUCAGCAAAGCGGAACUGUUUGUGGUGUGCAGAGCCGAGGACAGCGGCAAAUGGCUCGAGAAGCUGGUGGAUCUGCAGGUGGAGAUCUUGAAGCCGCUGGGCCUUUGCUGGCGCGUGCUCGAUAUGCCGACCGAGGAGCUCGGCGCCAGCGCGUUUCGCAAGUACGACGUUGAGGUGUGGAUGCCGGGGCGUGGCACCUGGGGCGAAGUCUGUUCCGCCUCAAACUGCACCGACUUCCAAUCCCGUCGCAUCUCCACACGAGCCGAGGGCUUGACCAAGCGCGCCUUUGGCUGGGCGCACACGCUCAACGCCACCGCUGCAGCGAUUCCGAGGUUGCUCGUGGCCAUGAUCGAGACGCAUGGCUUCAAUGCCGCAGGACAGCCGCGCGUGCCAGAGGUGCUGCGACGGCAUUGGAUUGGCAAUGAGCGCGACGUGGAGUGG